GUCCUCGUCAACUCCUUUCUUUCAAAAUAACGACUCACCUUCUUCUUGACCGUUUACUUUGAACCAUUCCAAACCUGCAACAAUCUCCCAACUCCCUCACUUUUUUCCUUUCCAAGAAAAUCCCCUCUGUCUCUUCCCUUUCACUAUAUCCUCCAAACCCAUUAGCCAAAGAUUUCUAAUUGGUUCUGAGGUGAUGGUUCUGGAUAUCCUUUCUAGGCCUCUGAAGAGUUGUUUUGGAGAUGGAAAUCGAGGGGAUGAGCUUUCAUGGCAUAUAGACUUGAAGCCUCAUGCUUCAGGGGAUUAUUCAAUUGCUGUUGUUCAAGCUAACUCCUUGCUUGAAGACCAAGGGCAGGUCUUCACUUCUUCCUCUGCAACUUAUGUUGGUGUCUAUGAUGGUCAUGGUGGCCCUGAGGCUUCUCGGUUUAUUGCUGAUAAUCUAUUUCCUUCUCUCCACAAAUUCGCAACAGAGCAAGGUGGACUAUCAGUAGAUGUGAUAAGGAAGGCAUUUGAUGCAACAGAAGAGGAGUUCUUGGAUUUGGUAAAGCGAACAUGGAUGUCUCAGCCUCAGAUUAUUUCAGUGGGAUCUUGUUGCCUUGUUGGGAUAAUAUCAAACGGUGUUUUGUAUGUGGCAAAUCUUGGAGACUCGAGGGCAGUGCUUGGCAGGAGAGUAUCUGCAAGCAAGACAACUAGUGCAGUGGUGGCUGAACGUUUAUCUACUGAUCAUAAUGUUGGCGUUGAGGAGGUGAGGAAAGAGGUGGCUGCACUUCAUCCUGAUGAUUCUCACAUUGUAGUGUAUACUCAAGGAGUUUGGAGGAUAAAGGGCAUAAUUCAGGUUUCAAGAUCAAUAGGAGAUUUCUAUCUAAAGAAACCUGAGUUCAAUAAAAUUCCUCUUUUUCAGCAUUUUGGAUUCCCCAUUCCAUUGAAAAGGCCUGUGAUGACAGCAGAACCGUCGAUAUUGGUUCGACAGUUAACGCCACAGGAUCUAUUCUUGAUAUUUGCUUCAGAUGGUCUUUGGGAGCAACUGAGUGAUGAAACAGUUGUAGAUAUAGUUUCGAAGAGUCCUCGAGCUGGGAUAGCUAGGCGAUUGGUAAGGGCUGCGCUGCGAGAGGCUGCAAGGAAAAGAGAAAUGAGUUAUGAAGAAAUAAAAAGUAUUGAAAAAGGAGUAAGACGCCAUUACCACGAUGAUAUUACUGUCAUUGUUAUGUACCUUGAUCAUCCUCUAUCGUCUUCUUCUAGUACUGGUAGAUUCAGUGAUCAUACUGUUGUUGACUGCACGAGUACACCUGCUGAUAUCUUCUCAUCAGAUGUAAAUGAAGGGCAAUGUUAGCGUGAAUAGAGAGAAUAAGUUAUAGUUACAUGAUCCCUCUAUUUAUCUUUUUUUUUGUAUAAAUCACUCGAUUAAUCUGGAUUUGUUGCGCCGGGCUCUCUCCCUCCCAUGAUUCCUCUAUUUUAGGACAAAAUGAGCUUGCAAUAAUACCCACAGGAGGAGGAUUUGUACAUAGAUUGCUCGCAAAUGGAUGCCUGCUGAUUGAUAUUGCUACAUAUAUGGUUGUCAGUUUUGCUUUGAA